AUUAAGGAUAGCUAAAUAAAUUCAAAUGAAGGAGUGAGGAAUUGAAGGAAUGAAUGAGUGAAAUGAGUGAAUAAAGGAAUGAAUUGAAAAUAAAUAAGGGAAUUUAUGAACGAUAAAUCAAUUGGUGUAUAAAUAAUCGUGAAUAUUUUAUAAUCAAAUAUUGCUAAAUAAUAAGAUAACUCCAUAUUAGUUGAGUUUUUAUUAAUAAUUAUUAAUUUAAUUAUUUAUAAUUGCUAAUUUAAUUAAUAUUAGUUUAUUAAUUAUAAUAAAAGUGUUAUUAAUAAUUAACGUUAAUUAUUUUGUUAUAUUUAAUUCGUGCAACGUGUUGUAAGAUUGUGCUUUGAUUCACUCAGUAAGGUUUCAUGGACUCAAGAGGUAUCAUAGAUAAACUUGGAAAUCUAUUUCGCGUUGAACUGACGGACAGUUAUUGAGCGGACAUAAUCAGAUUAAAAACUGAUUGAAUCAACUUAUUAACAUCAUCACCGAGUUUUUUAUAUUCUGCCUGCACUGUGAAUGUUGAAAAUUGCUGAGACCUAGAAAUCAUCAUCCUUCGUCAUCCUAAUUUUACUCACCUCAUCACAAUUAAUAUUCUCCGAUCAUUUCACACAAUUACAGCUCUAAGGAGCACUUUAAAUUUUAUGAAUUCCAUGUGAGAAACUCUUUUCACAGAAGAAACCAAAGAAUUUAUAUAACUAUCUGCGAAACUUGCCCCAAACCGAACUUGGAAGGAGAAAAGAUGGCGAACAUGGCGAGUGCAUGUGCACUGGUGGUUUCUGAGGAUAAAUCAUUCAACCCCAUAAGGUCGUGGUCAACGAGAGCUGCGGCUACUACGUGCGUUCUGGUCAGCAUAUCUGUGGUCUGCACUGUGACGCUGGUCGUCUGCGGGGUCAUCAUCGUCAGGGAGUACUCGUUGGCGUCUGCUUAUAAAAAAAGCGAGGACUGCUGGGUGAAGAACAUAACCUACACGGAGCUGAAGACCUGCCACUACUGUCACAAAGACAAGUCAAAAGAUAAACACGCCGGCCUCUGUAUCCCAACUCAGUUUCCGUGCGUCAGGAUCACAGUUGGAUACGUGGCCAGGGGAAGGGUGAAGGAAGGGUUCCUACAUUCUGACAGCAUUGAGGCCAGUGGUUCAUUCAGUCAGUGCUCAUUCCACGUGUGCAUGCAGAACAUGCAUGACAACGUUCAAGCCGUGGAGGACUACGUAGACAGGUGGCGGUUAUUUGCAUUCAGGUACCUGCAAGAAAGACUGGAUGAGAACACGAUCGACGAGAACGUUUUGAACCAAAUCAUCGCCAACUACUACAACUCAUCCUCGCACGUCAGUGGCGACAAAAACAGCAGCAGUAGCAACAAAGUAAAUUGGAGGUCGAUCAUGGAGAACAAAACAGCGGCUGAUGCAGGUGUCAGCAGUCGCUUUUUCUGCUACUACAACGUUGACGAGCCGCAUGACGUCAUUGAGCAGAAAAACUACACCAUAUGGGACGUGGUCCACUGCAUGUUGUGGCCGUCGCUAAUCAUCGCCAUCUGCUGCCUACUCUUCCUCUACAUAGAAGCACACAGGAGGAACCUGACAUGCUGUGGAGUGAGGGAGACGGAGAUGAGCGGCACGCACAUCAUCACAAAUCACGCCUCUGCAAACAUUAAGAGAGGUAAAAAUGUCUCUAAAAAACAGCAUUAUGUCCUAAAUAAUUACUCGAACAGUGCAAAGUUGUCCAAAUGAUUUGCUUUUCUUAACUUAUUAACAGUCACUUUAUUCUGUGUAUUUUUAAAAUAAAAUAUAAAUACACAGACGUACAUACAUACACAUACAUACACAUCCAUACACGUACACACACCAUACACAUACACGAUUAAAUUAUCAGAGACUCAUCUAUAUUAUAUAUCCAUUAAUCUACUUCAGCACAGUCGGACGAUUAACAUUCGGCAUUUUUGACCCAAGACGUUUAGUUUAAGUUUGUUACAAACACCAUUCAGCUUUCUUCAUAAUUUACCUUGAAAUAUUAUUUUAAAUUAUAAGGUUGAGUUUACGUUGAUUUUUCUUCUUUUAUUAAAUUUACCGCAAUUAUUUUCAUUGUUUUAAUGAUACGUCUUCCAACCGACCAUUAUAAAUUGUCUUGACAUUUAUCUCUAUUAUAAUAUUCAAAGAAAUAUCUAAUUUCACAUAAUUACCGUAGUAAUAGUAGUAGUAUUAGUGUUUAGUAGUAGUAGUAGUAGUCGUAGUAGUAGUAGUAGUAGUAGUAAAAGUAGAAGUAGUAGUAGCAGCAGCACCUGUAGCUAUAUAAGAAUGCCUGAGAAUACAUGAAACUUGAAAAUACACGGAUAAACAUUUAAUUUUUUUUUAAAGUAAGAAAAAUACAUUUAAUUUCGCCAUGAUUUGAAAUUCACGAUAAAAAAAUAAAGUUAUUGUAAUUAAUAA